AUGGAAGGUGUUGAUCCCCGAUCUCCAUACCACCGUACAGAUUACCGAUCCGAUAUACCAUUUCCUGGUGAACAACUAACAACGCAUGAUCGUCCUAGACCGGCGAGUGCUCGGGAUUUAGGACACAGUGAUAUGUACGAUUCGGGCAUUCAUCCCCACUCAAGUUCACCCAGACUAAAUCAACCGUUUGUGGACAACCCUGGUGGAGGACUGGGACUGGAAGGUCGAGCCGCAUCACUUGAUCGUCGUGCGGAACUUUACGGUACACUGCGCGGUAAUUAUGACGCCAUGUCCGAACGUCUUCCAGGACACCAUGAACGUUCUGCCUAUGCCUUGAAAUCACUCAGUUCUAAUCCUGGUUUGGCUGCAGUUCUUCGUUCUGGCGGUACUCAACAACGUCGAGCACACUCGUACGAUAUGAAUUUGGAGAAACAGGGAUUAGCUGACUAUAACAACCUUCUGGCAGCGGCCGGAAUUGGUACGAACCCCAUUCUGUACGGAAAUCCCGCUAACCAACUUUUGGACUAUAGUGGCCUAACUGCACCUACUUUGUCCUCUUUGGGUGGAAUUGAUUAUGCCGCUCUACAACGUCCCGCCGCCUACCCUACAUUUCCCGCUGCCACUGGAAUAUUUAACCUGGGGACUAUGCCAGAUGUCACACUAUUACAAAGAGAAUGUAUACGAUUGCAACAUGAACUUGAGCUUACUAGAGAAAAGCUGAAUGCAUGCACCACAAGCAUUCGAACAUUUUGGAGUCCGGAGUUAAAGCGGGAACGCGCAAUGCGAAAAGAAGAAAAUGCCAAGUAUGCUAUCCUAGCUGAUCACUUGCAUCAGCUACAGCUCGAAAAGCAGACCAUGUUGGAAACCUUGCACAAUAUGGAAACGGAUCUACGACGAGAACGAGACUAUCGCAUCCGAGGUCGUUUCUCCACAGAGCGCGGGUCAGAAGGUCUUAGUGAACUGGACAUGGCCAAACGUCAGAAUGAUGAAUUGACUGUGGAGAACAGACAGUUGAAAAAGGCAGUGGAGGAAGCAGAUCGGAGAACGGCAAAUGUGAAAGCGAGUCUUACUGCGACGGAAGAAAGUCUCAGGCGGCUGGUUGAAGCGGUGAAGGCUGGAAAGGCUGCUGCAAGUAGUACGACUGGGACCACACCCUCAGCCGAUGUAGCAGGAGUGACAGCAACAGAAGCCGGACCAGCAUCCAACAUUCGUCUAGAACGUAUUGAAGCCGAUCGGGCGGAGAUAAAUCGCCUCCGAACUCAACUGAGUGAGGCGUGCACACGCGGCAGUGAGGCAGAGCGCCAGCUUAUUGAAAGAAACUACGAAUUCUCACGGAUGAAAGAGGAAUUCAAUUUACUCCUCCAAGACCAUCAACAACUGAAGAUGGAAAACGAGACGAUCCGGCAAGAUAUUCGGCAGACACAGACAUUACAAUCUCUGGUAGAUACCAAGGUGCUGGACACAUUCUUUGAUAGAAGCCCCCGUUGCACAACAGAACGCUUGCUUUUUGAUCGCCUCGCUCUGGAUUUGUCGGCACCAACCCACACGAGCUAUAGUUCUGAGACGAUGAUCGAGUCAAAGAUUAUGACACUGGAGAAUGAAAUUCGUUUACUCGAAGAUGAAAUCACACGUCUUCGGGAUGACGGCCUCAUAACUCCGAACACAUCGACAAGCAGCGGAAUCGAUGAUUUGGACAAAACACUACAAGCAUUUCGAAGUAACGAACGGUUGCUGAAAUCCAAGGUGGAAAUGCUAAACGGCGAAAUUUCCAAACGAGACUGUGAGAUCUACACACUCCAAUCGCGACUGGAAAUGACAGAUAAGCAGCAACAGGACCAAACCCAUCACAUUAAUGUUCUCAAGGAACAAGUGAAGACACGUGAACACAAGAUAUCAAUGCUCACCGCAGAUACCGAAGAUUUUCGCAAGCGGAUAAAGGAGAAGGAAACGCAGUUGGAGAAGAAAACAAAAAGUCUAACUGCUGCACAAGCCGCGAAACGUCAAACGGAGACAGAAAUGGCAGAGCUGAAGGACCAGUUGGAUAUCAAAGAACGGAAGUUGGCUUUGCUUCAGAGAAAAAGACUCACCUGGAACCCAGCUGAAUCUCUCGUUUGUGAUGUUUCUAGGCGGCCUGGUGCAGCACAUUCAGUUGCCUCAAAACAUCACAACCAUCACAAACGAGAGAUUCAGCUGGGUUCCAAGCGAGUCUCUCGAAAAACCAAAUUAGUUGAAAACUUGGAAGACCUACUGAAUGACAAGGAUACACAGCUUGCCGCGUCAAAAGCUCGAUUGUCACGAAUCAGCACCGAGCGUCUUGGGACUGACUUCACCAGGAUUGGAUUGGAAGAAUCAUUGAAGGAUAAGGAAAAACAGAUAGAAAGGCUACAAGACCUUUCACAACGGAGUGCAGCUCCAGAUUCAGCGGAUGAAUUGAACGCACAGAAGCGUCUGACUGCAGACCUUAGAGGCCGACUAGAAGCAACUCAGCGAGAUUUGGAUGAGAAGGCGACGCAACUACUGGAAUUCCGUGAAGAAUUGAGUGAAUUGCGAACCAAUCGUUUCAAACACGAAGCAGAAAUAAGUCAACUUCAGGCACAGUUGAAUCAGCGGGCUUCUGAAUUUGCAACACUGCAGAUGGAGAAGCAAAUGCAACACAAGCAAAUUACAACAGAGUGUGAGAUGAAAUACGGUCAACGCAUCGGGGAGUUAGAGGGACAGGUCAAUCAUUAUAUGGACACAAAUUCGAAGAUGCAGUCAGAAAUCGAUCGGCUAUUGCGCAACUUGGAUAGCGAGAAAUUCGAAAAGGAAAAGCAGUUGCGUGAACUGCAAGAGGAGCUACGUGAAGCCCAGAACAAUUUAUCAAACCUCAAACGUACCCAGCAAGCCGAGCGGAAAAAGCAAACGCAACUAUUGGAGGAAACUCGGCAACGUGAAGAAAACGCACAUUCUGAUGUUGAAAUUCUCAAGAGUAUCAUGUCUGAGAAGGAGGCUCGCAUUCGCGAACUGGAACAAGCACUACGCGAGAGUGUACGGAUUACGGCAGAAAGGGAGGUCUAUGCAUCAGGACGUGAUGACGAAACUAGACACAUGGAGCAGCAGAUGCGCGAACUGCGUUCAAAUGUUGAACAACUACAACGUGAACGUAACCACUUGUCUGCUCAAAUGGCAGCCAUUCAGGAGGAGCUCAGUGACCGAGAAGGGCAACUGAAAACGUUGGAACAAGAAUGCUUCCAAAAUUACCUGCCGGAAUUGGAAAAAUUACGGCGGUCGAAUCAUGAGGCUAAUAUGCGUGUCGCUGCAAUGGUCAAACUGACCCAAGGUCGAGAGCAUACACUGACCGAUCAAGACAGACACGUGCUGGCCAGCAUACCUCUAUUUCCCAAUAUUUCACCAUCCGGACCAUGGUCAACCACAAUUGGAGCAACGGGCUCACGGAUGUAUAUGCCUGGAUAUCAUUCGGGUGGAGCUACUUCACCUCAUCUGGCCGGCAGUGCAUUCCAGUUGAUCGGGAAUGCCGCAUCGGCAAUCGGCACGGCCGCUGGUGGACGAGCCUCUGUCCCAGGACAGUCUAUGGCCAGCCCGGAUGUCAUUUUGUUAUCACGAAUGCUGCAAGAGAAGGAGUCGACAAUUCAGCAACAUAUGCAAGAACUCACCCAUCUACGAUUCCAAAACUCUGAACAGGAAAUUAGGCUCAAAGCGAUGCAACGUGAACUUGACGCAAAAACAACUCGGCUAAGUAUACUGGAAGCAACACAGUAUUCUGCAAUGAGUCGACUGGAUACGGGAACAAAAUCUCCCACCAGUUUCCCCAACGAACUUGCGCAACUACGCAAGUCGAAUCAUGAAUUGUCGGUGAAAUUCGCUCAGCUUCAGAUCGAGCUGGACGACAAAGAGAGACAGCUGCGAGCCAUGGAACGAAUGCAAACUUCACUUGGUACUCGAUCGGGGACGGACUACUCAGAAACGGCUUUGCUGCGACGUGAACUCAUUACCGUAAAAGCGGAAAAAGAUGCCGAGAUUUUGAACCUGAGUGCUCAGUUAGAAAAAGUCAAACAAGAAAAAUCUGGCGCAACAAGUGAGUUGCAGGAAAUCCGAUCUGCAUUGGGUGAGAAGUCAAACCAAAUGCGAGCGCUUGAGGCAGAAAAGGACAAGGAAGCUAUGGAUCGAGAGUCAUUACAGAAAAAGUACGAAGUCGUUCUCACUCAACUCGGAGAAAAGACGGAUAAGUUGCAACACCUGGAAUCGGAGUGUAAUUCGAAACAUAUCGAGGAAUUGCAAAGGCAGAAGUCAGAAUUAAAUGAUUUGCGGCAUCACAUCACCUACCUACAGAACACAAUUCAAGAGAGAGAAAGUCGAAUUGAAACUGUUGAAAAGGAAUCCUUUAAACUCCGUGAUGAGAUCAACACAAUGCGUAAGCAGCUUAGUUCCGCGGAAGCCGAAGCUAAAAGUUUGCGUGAGGAAGUCACUUAUCGUGAAGAACGUCUACGUCAGUUGCAGACACAACAUAUGGACGAGCUGACACGACUCCGCUCGAUUAACCAGGAGCAAGUUACCCGUUGCAGUCACUUGGAAAUGAAACUGGACGAGAAAGAUCAUGAAAUCAAAUCUCAGGCGAGCGAAAUGCGUUGCCAAACGGAUGAAAUUUCUCGCCUUCAGUCAUCCCUUGAAGAUGCAAACAGUCGCCUGUCUGUGAGUCAGAAGCGUGUGGAAGAACGUGAGAUGCGUUUAAGAAAGUUGGAAUCGGAAAACCAUGAUUUACUGGACGAGAUUCAUGGAUUGCGAAAAGGAAAUACGGAACUGGAGAGCCAAGUGGACAGUCUUCGUCAACGGCUGUUGGAUCAUCAAGAUCGACCUGGUUCGACAGUACCCAUCUCCGGCAUUCCCGCACAAUCGGCUCGUGUCCCACCGACCACUUUCAGUUCAACGUCAUCCCUCACUGCUAAUCGGGAACUGGAACGAACGAGGAAGCAAUAUAUAGAGCUGACCAGCACACAUGAACAACUGAAGAAGCAAUUUGACGAUCUCCAAAUACAACAUGACCAGUUAACCGUGCAACGGAACAACUUGCGAACUCAGCUGGAUGAGGAGAUUGGUAAGCGAGCUAAAUUGGAAGAACGGCUGCGCUCUACGGAUGAGGAAUGGCGCGCAAAAAUGGCCCAGACAGAGAAUUCCGAACAAUCGCGUCGAGCUUCUUUGAAGAUAAGUGAACUGCAUAAUGAGCUUGAACGAAAAGAAGCACAGAUUACCUGUCUCACCAAGGAACUGGAACGACAGCAGUCCUCGUCAGCUAUGCGUGAUCGAUUGUCAGAUUCGACAAGUCAACAGCUUCUUCUAGCCGAUCUACAGGUUCGUCUGCGCCAAGUCACAGAAGAGCGGGAUCAGGCAAAAGAGCAGUUAAAUGUGGCUCUUUCUCACGCCGAAACAUCUUAUGUUGAUGCUCAACAACAGAUUAUGCUUGAAAAGCAAACAUUGCAACAACAGGUUGCCAACUUGACGCAGACGGUAAGCAACGCCAGUGCAGAAGCUGAGCGCUAUCAACGUGAAGCUCGUCAGGCCAGUUCGCGCAUACAACAGCUUAGUCGUCAACUACAGGAAACCCAAGACAAUUGCGAUUCGAUUGCCAGACAGAGGGAUAACCUUCGGGACCAGUUGGAUCAGCUGAGGCGUUCCGGAGGUCGCAGUGCAACCAGUGGAGUUAGUUCCGUCGCCAACUUGUUUGGAAUGAGACCCGCCUCCGCAGGACCCGGUAGUUACGAAAACCUGGGCCCGUUAUCAGCUUCUGGUUCAGCCAGUCAACUGUCACGUGAGUUGGAUCGAGUACACCGGGAGUACGAGGCUACUCAGGGUCAGUUGCGAGCUGCCCAGGAUGCCGAGCAGUCGGCGAAAGCCGAGGCGCAACAAUUGCGCGAACAAGUUGCGAAACUGAAGAACGAUUUAGAACAACAGGAAAAGAAGGUUCGAGAGUUGCAAGAACACAAAGAAGCUAUGGAAAAAGACAUGGCCAAACGUCAACAGGAGGAAAUGGAACGAACACAAUUUCAACAGAAUGAGACCAAUGAGAAGUUGAGGUGGGCUCAACAACAACUUGCGGACAAGACUAAUCAGGUGGAAAAUAUCACGCAUCAACUGAAUAACACCCGACAAUACUGCAGUGAACUGGAAAUGCGAAUCAACGAUAUGACUCAACGUCUGGGGGCUGCGGAAGCAAAGACUCAGAAGCAGGCGACUGACAUGCAGAAUUACCAGCAGCUACAAAAUGAGUGUAAUUCGCUGAGAAACGAACUGAAAGUGAAGGAAUCUGAGACCGGUCGUGGGCUAUCGAAGAGUUUUCGGCAACCUUGUGAGUAG